GGGAGUAGCGAAUCUAUCGCACUUUGUGCCCGUUUAGCGUCACACUUGUCCUCCGUUAGAUAAAGACCCAGACUCGCCCGAGCCGGGACAAGUCGGCUUCUCUGUUGCUAGCAUUCCUGCCAAUGUCUUGGGUCUUGCCUGGGAUGGCGGUGAUGGUUCCCUGCAGCGGAAGCCAAGGCAAAGGGCGGAGCGCCGCCGGCGUUGUCGCGGCGCGUUAUUUCGGCGCGGGGGUGCACGCGCGGCAAUGGCGUACUGGGCCCAAGAUCUUCAUGAUAAGGCUCCGUGGAAGGCUGUGCAGGAGGAAGACGGGAGUUGGCAUAAUCAGCGAGAACUUCCCCUACGCAUCUGGGCGGGCUUGGCGCUUUCACGCUGAGGAUCGUCGAAUCCUCCCAUCGCUAGCAAAGUUUCAGCUCGACAGCGCAAUCCCGGCGGUCUCGAUGCUAGGGUGCGAGAGGCCGGAGAGAAAACUCCCCAUCUUGGGCUUUCGAUCUGCUUUCCAUAUUCACGACUAGCAGUCCCAAUCGACCGGUCCACGCCAAGAGGAAGGUCCCGCUGAGCAGAUUCCAAGGCAUGCAGAACAACAGCCAUUAU